UUAGAGGAGCAAAGAGCGCUGCGCAGUGCCAGAGCCUUCCCUACGUCGCCCGUCUGGUCUGCUCACUCCUGUCUCUCCACCAACAAUUUAGAGCGCUGUGGAUUGUGGGAAGUUGUUCUGCUUGGUCUUGGUGUGUGUACAGUAGACCAGGCAGCCGAGCCCGGAGACAGGAGACAUACUGCCCAGCUCUGUCCUAUCUUGAGACUCGUGGGGGCACCAUGUCGAGUCGGGGGGGUAAGAAGAAGACGACGAAGACGUCGCGGUCCACCAAGGCAGGGGUCAUCUUCCCUGUGGGGCGCAUGCUACGCUACAUCAAGAGGAGUCUCCCAAAGUACCGCAUCGGAGUCGGAGCGCCCGUCUACCUGGCCGCAGUGCUGGAGUACCUCACAGCUGAGAUUCUUGAGCUAGCAGGAAAUGCUGCGCGGGACAACAAAAAGGGGCGUGUCACUCCACGCCACAUCCUGCUGGCCAUCGCCAACGAUGAGGAACUCAAUCAGCUUCUGAAAGGCGUUACCAUAGCAGCGGGCGGUGUCUUGCCCAACAUCCACCCAGAGCUGCUGGCCAAGAAGCGGGGGUCAAAGGGCAAGCUAGAGGCCGUCGUCACCCCACCGCCCACUAAGAAGUCCAAGAUGUCCGCCAAGAAAGCAGCUGCCAAGAGGAUGGCUGGGAAGAAGGGGACGCUCAGAUCCAAGAGGCAGAGGCAGGCUGCAGUGAGCAAGGCAGCCAGUGCAGACAGCACCACAGAGGGAUCAACGACCGGCAGCUUCACCGUCCUCUCCACGAAGAGUCUCUUCCUGGGACAGAAGUUACAAGUUGUUCAGGCUGACAUUGCCGCCAUCGACAGUGAGGCCGUAAUCCACCCCACCAAUGCCAGCCUCUACACAGGCGGGGAAGUAGGAAACGCUCUGGAGCAGAAGGGUGGUAAGGAGCUGUCGGAGGCGUGUGCUGAGCUCCGCAAGAAGAACGGCCCCCUGGAUGUGGCCGGAGCGGUGAUGACGGGGGGCUUCGGGCUGCCUGCUAAGUUUGUGAUCCACUGCAACAGUCCCUCCUGGGGCUCCGACCGCUGCGAGGAGCUGCUGGACAAGACGGUCAAGAACUGCCUGGCGCUCGCCGACGAAAAGAAGCUCAAGUCCAUCGCCUUCCCCUCCAUCGGCAGCGGCAGGAACGGCUUCCCCAAACAGACAGCGGCACAGCUCAUCCUGAAAGCCAUCUCCAGCUACUUUGUGUCCACCAUGUCCUCCUCCAUCAAGACGGUGUACUUUGUGCUGUUCGACAGCGAGAGCAUAGGCACCUACGUGCAGGAGAUGGCCAAGCUGGAGGGGAACUGAGGCCCUUUUGUAUGUUUUUUUUGUUUAUUUGUUUGCAAUUUUAUGAAUUAUAUAAAUACUGUAAUGAUUUAAAGGACAAAUAUAAAAAAUAGUUUAUUGAAGUUUUGCUAAACAGAAUUUAUUGAGAAGCAGCCAUUGGUAGAAGGUCUGUUUUUUUUGUUUGUUUGUUUUUCCUCCAAACAUUUCUCAUUGCUGUUGGUCCUGGCGAAUGCUAGCACUGCUGGUCCUAGCAUAUGGUGUACUAGCGCUGCUGGUCCUAGCAUAUGAUACGCUAGCACUGUUGGGCCAGGCAUGUGGUAACUAGCACUGUUGGUCCUAGCGUAUGGUACACUAGCACUGCUGGUCCUAGCGUAUGGUGUACUAGCGCUGCUGGUCCUAGCCUAUGAUACGCUAGCACUGUUGGGCCAGGCAUGUGGUGUACUAGCACUGUUGGGCCUAGCGUAUGGUGUACUAGCACUGCUGGUCCUAGCGUAUGGUGUACUAGCACUGUUGGUCCUAGCGUAUGGUGUACUAGCACUGUUGGUCCUAGCGCAUGGUGUACUAGCACUGCUGGUCCUAGCGCAUGGUGUACUAGCACUGUUGGUCCUAGCGCAUGACACGCUAGCACUGUUGGGCCAGGCAUGUGGUGUACUAGCGCUCUCUGUCAAAGAACUGACCAGUGCCCUGGCUGUGGAAAUGUCCAACUGAAUGUGGUGAAGGGUUGGUGCAAUGUUGUGAUGUACAUUGAAGAACUGGCACCAUUCUUUGUGUUUGCGGUCUCAGAAGCAGUCAUUGUGUCUUACUUUGUAAAAUUGUUGCCAUAAACUGUAUAAUUAACACUAUUCAUUCUUUAUGAGGAGGAAGAGAGGGAGACUAUCUCAGACGGUUAGUAAAGUGCUUGGUUGUGACAAA